AUGGGCAGCGUAAAGCCUGUUCCUAUCCCAGGCCCCAAGGGCGUUCCAUUUCUUGGAAAUGUCUACGAUAUUGACCAAGAGAUGCCAGUCCGAAGUUUUGAGUUGAUGGCAGAUCAAUAUGGCCCGAUCUACCGACUGACAACUUUUGGCUUGUCGAGAGUAGUCGUUUUUACUCAAGAACUCGUCGACGAAGUAUGCAAUGAGGAGCGAUUCGCUAAAUCGGUGGAUGGGGGUUUGGGCCAACUUCGGAAUCUCCUCCACGAUGGUUUAUUCACGGCUCGGUACCCCGGCGAGGAGAACUGGGCGCUUGCGCACCGUGUCCUUAUUCCUGCUUUUGGGCCCCUGUCUAUCAGAGGCAUGUUCGAUGAGAUGCAAGAUAUAGCCAACCAGCUCGUCAUGAAAUGGGCUCGACAGGGACCUGAGACUCCUAUUGUGGUCACAGAAGAUUUCACCCGCCUGACUCUUGACUCCAUCGCCCUCUGCGCUAUGGGAACCCGCUUCAACUCCUUCUACCACGAUAGCAUGCACCCCUUCGUCGAGGCGAUGGUUGGUGGGAUGCAGGUAGCUAGCUAUAGGGCACAGCGCCCAUCGUUCUUGAACCAACUGCCCACAAGCGAAAAUAAUGCUUUCUGGAACGAUAUUUCUUAUAUGAGAAACUUAGCGAAGGAGUUGACCGAAGAUAGGAGAAAGCAUCCAUCAGACAAGAAGGACCUGCUCAACGCUCUCAUCCUUGGCCGAGACCCUCAGUCAGGGAAGGGCCUCAGUGAUGAGUCGAUCAUUGACAACAUGAUCACCUUUUUGAUUGCAGGCCACGAAACCACUUCUGGAAUGCUGUCGUUCGUUUUCUACUAUCUACUAAAAAACGCACAUGCGUAUAAAAAGGCACAGGAAGAAGUCGACAGGGUGAUUGGCCGACGGAAGAUCACCGUGGAUGAUCUCUCCAAGUUGCCGUAUAUCAAUGCAGUCAUGCGAGAGGCGCUACGCCUCAACCCGCCAGCGAGUGUCAUGAGAGUCCAUGCGCAUCCGACUAAGAACAAAGAAGACCCUGUGACCUUGGGUAAUGGAAGAUAUGUUCUGAACAAGGACGAGCCAAUCACGGUUCUCCUCCCGAAAUUACACCGUGAUCCCAAGGUCUACGGUGCGGAUGCCGAGGAGUUCAAGCCGGAGAGGAUGCUAGAUGAAAAUUUCAACAGUCUCCCUCGAAAUUCCUGGAAGCCCUUUGGGAAUGGCAUGCGAGGCUGUAUUGGGCGGCCAUUUGCCUGGCAAGAAGGCUUACUGGCUAUUGCUUUGCUGUUGCAGAAUUUCAACUUCCAGCUGGAUGAUCCAAGCUAUGACCUGCGCAUCAAACAGACACUCACCAUCAAGCCAAAGGACUUCAAGAUGAGAGCAACUCUCAGGCAUGGGUUGGACCCAAUAACUUUGGAGCCUGCUCUGAACAGUGGUUCUGUGCCUCGUGAAUCUUCCACGGUAGCUAGCAGGGAACGUAAGAAGGAUGCAGCCCUUUCCGAGGGAGACAUGAAGCCGAUGCACAUAUUCUUUGGCAGUAAUACUGGAACCUGCGAGGCUUUGGCUCGGAGACUGGCAGAUGAUGCUGUCGCAUGGGGAUUUAGUGCCAAAGUCAAUUCGCUAGAUUCCGCCACUGAGAAUGUUCCGAAAGGGGAUCCGGUGGUUUUCAUUGCUGCAUCUUACGAAGGUCAACCGGCUGAUAAUGCGGCUCAUUUUUUCGAGUGGCUUAGCGCAGCAAAGGAUAAUGAACUCGAAGGGAUAAAUUAUGCCGUAUUCGGUUGUGGACAUCACGAUUGGACAGCCACAUUUUACCGGAUCCCCAAGGCUAUUAACGAGCUGGUGAAAGAGCAUGGUGGGAAUCGCUUGUGUGAUAUUGGAUUAGUUGAUACCGCCAUUGCAGACAUGUUCACUGAUUUCGAUAACUGGAGUGAGUCGGCAUUAUGGCCUGCCAUAAGCUCGAAAUUUGGCUCCAAAAGUCAGGGCCAGGCUGGUAAAAAAGCCAGUUCAGGCCUACAAGUCGAACUCAGCUCAGAAAAGCGAGUGACUACCUUGGGCCUUCAGUUGCAGGAAGGAUAUGUGAUCGAGAACAAGCUCCUAACAGCACCCGACGUUUCAGCGAAACGACUGGUGAGAAUCAAGCUUCCAAGCGAUAUGACCUACCAGUGCGGUGAUUACCUUGCUGUGCUUCCCGUGAACCCAACUAGCAUCGUCCGUCGAGCAAUGCGUCGGUUCAAACUGCCUUGGGAUGCCUUUUUGACUGUUCGCAAGUCAUCCCAGACCCAAAAUGGACCGUCAGCCAUUCCCACUGACACCCCCAUUUCCGCCUUCGCACUCUUCUCCUCCUACGUUGAACUAUCCCAGCCCGCGUCCAAACGAGACCUGACUGCCCUGGCAGAUGCAGCCGUGGCCGACGAAGAAUCCCAGGCCGAGCUGCGAUACAUGGCCAACAGUCCUAGCCGCUUCAAUGAGGAGGUCGUCACAAAACACCUCAGCUUGCUGGACAUCUUGGAUCGUUAUCCUUCUAUCGGUCUACCGCUCGGCGACUUCCUAGCUAUGCUCCCGCCCAUGCGAGUACGCCAGUACUCUAUAUCAUCCUCACCCCUUACGGACCCGACAGAAUGCUCUAUUACAGUGUCCGUGCUCAACGCACCCUCUCUCUCCGGCACAGACGAGCCGUACAUGGGCGUAGCUUCUACAUACCUUUCCAUUCUCCAACCUGACGAACGCAUUCACAUCGCCGUCCGCCCGUCCCACUCCGGCUUCAAACCUCCCGCAGACCUCAAUACGCCAAUGAUAAUGGCCUGCGCAGGAAGCGGCUUAGGGCCUUUCCGCGGAUUUGUCAUGGACCGGGCAGAAAAGAUUCUCAGCCGAAGCGACUCUAUCACUGAAAAGCCCGCCCCGGCUAUCCUCUACGUCGGCUGUCGCACCAAAGGGAAGGAUGACAUUCACGCAGAAGAGCUCGCUGAAUGGUCUCGCCAGGGCAUCGUCGACGUCAGGUGGGCAUACAGCCGGCCCUCUGACGGCUCCGUUGCCCAGCACAUUCAGGACCGGAUUACAAGUGAUCGCGACGAAGUGGUCUCACUUUUUGAGCAAGGCGCUAGGAUCUAUGUGUGUGGAAGUGCGGAGGUAGGCAAAGCGGUGCGCCAAGCGUUUAAGAACAUUUACGUCGAUGUGAAACAGGAGCGUCGUCGGGUAGCGUUGGAGACGAAGCAGGAAGAAGUCCCGUCUGAAGUGAAUGACGAGGAUGUUGAGAAGUUCUUCGAUGAUCUCAAGGCAGGCAUGCGUUAUGCGACGGACGUGUUUACUUAG